AGGCAAGGAGGAGGACUUCCUGGAAGGGGUGACAGUCCAGAGCCUGGGACGGUGCCCACAGCAGAACCCUUGACAGCAAGGACACCAUGUGGCUUCUGGCUGAGAUGCCAGCUCCGGGGCUCAAAGGCCAGUCGCUGCUGCUGUCCCUGCUAUUGCUGCUGGGACCUCAGGCCUCCCAGGGCUUGGUCAUCGUUCCUCCAGGACCAGAGCUGGUCCUUAACAUCUCCAGCACCUUCACUCUGACCUGCUUGGGUUCAGCUCCAGUGGUAUGGGAACGUAUGUCCCAGGAGCCCUGGCAGGAAGUGACAGUGGAUGAAGACGGCACCUUCUCCAGCAUGCUGACCCUGGUCAACGUCACUGGGGCGGACACGGGCGAGUACUUCUGCACUUACAAUGGCUCCCAGGGGCUAGACCCCAGCGAGCGAAAGCGGCUCUACAUCUUUGUGCCAGAUCCCACCAUGAGCUUCCUCCCCACGGAACCCGAGGAGCUGUUCAUUUUCCUCACGGAGGUGACCGAGACCACCAUUCCGUGCCGAGUGACGGACCCACGGCUUGUGGUGACACUGCACGAGAAGAAGGAGGAUGUCCCGCUACCCAUCCCCUAUGACCACCAGCGUGGCUUCUCGGGCACCUUUGAGGACAAGACCUACGUCUGCAAGACCACCGUCGGGGACAGGGAAGUGGACUCAGAUGCCUACUAUGUCUACAGCCUCCAAGUGUCAUCCAUCAAUGUCUCGGUGAACGCGGUGCAGACUGUGGUCCGCCAGGGUGAGAACAUCACCAUCAUGUGCAUUGUGACCGGCAACGAGGUGGUUAACUUUGAGUGGCGGUACCCCCGCCAGGAGAGUGGACGGCUGGUGGAGCCAGUGACUGACUUCCUGUUUGAUGUACCCUCCCACAUCCGCUCCAUUCUGCACAUCCCCAAUGCCGAGACGGGCGACUCGGGCACCUACGUGUGCAACGUGUCAGAGAGCGUGAACGACCACCGGGAUGAAAAGGCCAUCAAUGUCACUGUGGUUGAGAGCGGCUAUGUGCGGCUGCUGGGAGAGCUGGGUGCACUGCAAUUCGCUGACCUGCACCGGAGCCGUACGCUGCAGGUGGUGUUCGAGGCCUACCCUCCACCCACUGUCCUGUGGUUCAAGGACAACCGCACCCUGGGCGACUCCAGUGCCGGCGAGAUCGCCCUGUCCACACGCAAUGUGUCAGAGACCCGGUAUGUGUCAGAGCUGACACUGGUGCGGGUGAAGGUGGCAGAGGCCGGCAAAUACACCAUGCGUGCUUUCCACGAGGACGCCGAGGCCCAGCUCUCCUUCCAACUGCAGGUCAAUGUCCCUGUGCGUGUGCUGGAGCUGAGUGAGAGCCAUCCCGCCAGCGGGGAGCAGGUAGUCCGCUGUCGCGGCCGAGGCAUGCCUCAGCCAAACGUUACCUGGUUCACCUGCAGAGACCUCAAAAGGUGCCCCUCUGAGCUGCCGCCCACACCGCUGGGAAACCGCUCAGAGGAUGAGAGCCAGCUGGAGACCAACGUGACAUACUGGGUGGAAGAGCAGGAGUUUGAGGUGGUGAGCACGCUGCGCCUGCGCCGCGUGGACCAGCCCCUGUCUGUGCGCUGCAUGCUGCGCAAUCUGCGGGACUACGACAGCAAGGAGGUCACCGUGGUGCCGCAUUCUCUGCCCUUCAAAGUGGUGGUGAUCUCAGCCAUCCUGGCCUUGGUGGUGCUCACGAUCGUCUCCCUCAUCAUCCUCAUCAUGAUCUGGCAGAAGAAGCCACGCUACGAGAUCCGGUGGAAAGUGAUUGAAUCUGUGAGCUCUGAUGGCCACGAGUACAUCUAUGUGGACCCCAUGCAGCUGCCCUAUGACUCCACGUGGGAGCUGCCGCGGGACCAGCUUGUGCUUGGACGCACCCUCGGCUCUGGAGCCUUCGGGCAGGUCGUGGAAGCCACGGCCCAUGGCCUGAGUCAUUCGCAGGCCACCAUGAAGGUGGCUGUGAAGAUGCUGAAAUCCACAGCCCGGAGCAGUGAAAAGCAAGCCCUCAUGUCGGAGCUGAAGAUCAUGAGUCACCUCGGGCCGCACCUGAAUGUGGUCAACCUGCUGGGGGCCUGCACCAAAGGAGGCCCCAUCUACAUCAUCACCGAGUACUGCCGCUAUGGCGACCUGGUGGACUACCUGCACCGGAACAAGCACACCUUCCUGCAGCACCACUCUGACAAGCGCCGCCCGCCAAGUGCCGAGCUCUACAGCAAUGCCCUGCCCAUUGGCCUGCGCCUGCCCAGCCACGUGUCGCUGACGGGGGAGAGUGACGGUGGCUACAUGGACAUGAGCAAAGAUGAAUCGGUGGACUACGUGCCCAUGCUGGACAUGAAAGGAGACGUCAAAUACGCAGACAUCGAAUCUUCCAACUACAUGGCCCCUUAUGAUAACUACGUCCCCUCUGCCCCCGAGAGAACCUACAGGGCAACUUUGAUCAAUGAGUCCCCUGUGCUCAGCUACACGGACCUCGUGGGCUUCAGCUACCAGGUGGCCAACGGCAUGGAGUUCCUGGCCUCUAAGAAUUGCGUCCACCGAGACCUGGCAGCCAGGAACGUGCUCAUCUGUGAGGGCAAGCUAGUCAAGAUCUGCGACUUUGGCCUGGCUCGAGACAUCAUGCGGGACUCGAACUACAUCUCCAAAGGCAGCACCUUCCUGCCUCUGAAGUGGAUGGCCCCAGAGAGCAUCUUCAACAGCCUCUAUACCACGCUGAGCGACGUGUGGUCCUUCGGGAUCCUCCUCUGGGAGAUCUUCACCCUGGGUGGCACACCGUACCCAGAACUGCCAAUGAAUGAGCAGUUCUACAACGCCAUCAAGCGGGGCUACCGUAUGGCCCAGCCUGCACACGCCUCUGAUGAGAUCUAUGAGAUCAUGCAGAAGUGCUGGGAAGAGAAGUUUGAGAUCCGACCCCCUUUCUCCCAGCUGGUGCUGCUUCUCGAGAGACUGCUGGGCGAGGGUUACAAAAAGAAGUACCAGCAAGUGGAUGAAGAGUUUCUUAGGAGCGACCACCCAGCCAUCCUCAGGUCUCAGGCUCGCUUGCCCGGGUUCCAUGGCCUCCGGUCCCCCCUGGACACCAGCUCUGUCCUCUACACGGCCGUGCAGCCCAACGAGGGUGACAACGACUACAUCAUCCCCCUGCCAGACCCCAAACCCGAGGUUGCUGAUGAGGGCCCCCUGGAGGGCUCCCCCAGUCUUGCCAGCUCCACCCUGAAUGAAGUCAACACAUCUUCUACCAUCUCCUGCGACAGCCCCCUGGAGCCCCAAGAAGAAGCAGAGGCCGAACCACAGCUGGAGGCCUGCGUGGAGUCUGAGCCCAAAGUGGAACAGCUGCCGGAUUCUGACUGCUUCGGGCUGCGGGCUGAAGUGGAGGACAGCUUCCUGUGA